GCGCGGCCACCGGCCGGGGAUGCCGCUCGGCGCGCCGCGUUCCUCGCCCGGUGACCGCAGCGCGCCGCCGCCAUGACGGUGGAGUUCGAGGAGUGCAUCAAGGACUCGCCGCGCUUCAGGGCGACCAUCGAUGAGGUCGAAACCGAUGUGGUGGAGAUCGAGGCUAAACUGGACAAGCUGGUCAAGCUGUGCAGUGGUAUGAUUGAGGCCGGCAAGGCCUAUGUCGCCACCAACAGGCUCUUUGUGAGUGGCAUCCGCGACCUGUCCCAGCAGUGCCAGGGUGACGCCGUCAUUUCGGAAUGUCUGCAGAGGUUCGGAGACAGCCUGCAGGAGAUGGUCAACUAUCACACAGUCCUGUUUGACCAGGCCCAGAGGUCUGUGCGGCAGCAGCUCCACAACUUCGUCAAAGAGGAUGUACGGAAGUUCAAAGAGACGAAGAAACAGUUUGACAAGGUGCGAGAGGACAUGGAACUCUCCUUGGUGAGGAACGCGCAGGCCCCAAGGCACCGGCCCCAUGAGGUGGAGGAGGCCACCGGCGCCCUGACCCUCACCCGGAAGUGCUUCCGUCACCUAGCCCUGGACUACGUGCUACAGAUCAAUGUCCUCCAGGCCAAGAAGAAGUUUGAGAUCUUGGAUUCUAUGCUGUCCUUCAUGCAUGCCCAGUACAGCUUCUUCCAGCAGGGCCACAACCUGCUGCACCAGCUGGACCCCUACAUGAAGAAGCUGGCGGCUGAGCUGGACCAGCUGGUGAUUGACUGUGCUGUGGAGAAGCGGGAGAUGGAGCGCAAGCACGCAGCCGUUCAGCAGCGGACAUUGUUGCAGGACUUCUCCUAUGAUGAGUCGAAAGUGGAGUUUGAUGUGGAUGCACCAAGUGGUGUGGUGAUGGAGGGCUACCUCUUUAAAAGAGCCAGCAAUGCCUUCAAGACAUGGAAUCGGCGCUGGUUCUCCAUUCAGAACAGCCAACUGGUCUACCAGAAGAAGCUCAAGGACGCGCUGACUGUGGUGGUAGAUGACCUCCGCCUGUGCUCUGUGAAGCCCUGUGAGGACAUCGAACGGAGGUUCUGCUUCGAGGUCGUGUCACCCACCAAGAGCUGCAUGCUGCAGGCUGACUCUGAGAAGCUGCGGCAGGCCUGGGUUCAAGCAGUGCAGGCCAGCAUUGCCUCUGCCUACCGGGAGAGCCCGGAUAGCUGCUACAGUGAGAGGCUGGACCGCACAGCUUCCCCAUCCACAAGCAGCAUCGACUCCACCACGGACCCCCGGGAGCGUGGAGCCAAGGGGGAGAGCGUGCUGCAGCGCGUGCAGAGCGUGGCUGGCAACGGCCAGUGUGGUGACUGCGGCCAGCCAGACCCCCGCUGGGCCAGCAUCAACCUGGGUGUGCUGCUGUGCAUCGAGUGCUCAGGGAUCCACAGGAGCCUGGGCGUGCACUGCUCCAAGGUGCGGUCCCUGACACUGGACUCCUGGGAGCCUGAGCUGUUAAAGCUGAUGUGUGAACUUGGAAAUACCACCGUGAACCAGAUCUAUGAGGCCCAGUGCGAGGGCCUGGGCAGCAGGAAGCCCACAGCUAGCAGCCCCAGACAGGACAAGGAGGCCUGGAUCAAGGACAAAUACGUGGAGAAGAAGUUUUUGCGGAAGCUGCCCACCGCGCCAGCCCGGGAAGCCCCAAGACGCUGGCGGGCACGCAAGUGCCAGCGCCCCAACAGCUCCCCUCACGCCCCCACCACCCGCCGCAAGGUCCGGCUGGAGCCCGUCCUGCCCUCCGUGGCUGCCCUGUCCUCAGCAGGCACAUUGGAGCGCAAAUUCCGCCGGGAUUCACUGUUCUGCCCAGAUGAGCUGGACUCUCUCUUCUCCUACUUUGACGCUGGGGCUGCUGGGGCUGGUCCCCGAAGUCUGAGCAGCGACAGUGGGCUGGGAGGCAGCUCUGACGGCAGCUCCGACGUCCUGGCCUUCGGCACGGGCUCUGUGGUGGACAGUGUCACUGAGGAGGGGGGCACCGAGGGCGUGGAGUCAGAGGAGUCCAGUGGGGAGGCAGAGGCGGAAGCAGAGGCCUGGCAUCUGUCUGAUGUACGUGAGCUUCACCCGGGUCUGCUGGCCCACCGAGCGGCACGUGCCCGCGAUCUUCCUGCACUGGCCGCAGCAUUGGCCCACGGGGCAGAGGUCAACUGGGUGGACACAGAGGACGAAGGCAAGACACCAUUGGUGCAAGCAGUGCUAGGGGGCUCCCUAAUUGUCUGUGAAUUCCUUCUGCAAAAUGGAGCUGAUGUGAACCAAAGAGACAGCCUGGGCCGCGCACCCUUGCACCACGCCACGCUCCUAGGCCGAACCGGCCAGGUCUGCCUGUUCCUGAAACGAGGGGCCGACCUGCAUACGGUGGACCAAGAGCAGCAGGACCCUCUAAGCAUUGCGGUGCAGGCGGCCAAUGCAGACAUCGUCACACUGCUCCGCCUUGCUCGGAUGGCAGAGGAGAUGCGGGAGGCAGAGGCGUCCCCGGGCCAGCCAGGCGCCCUUUCGGGCAGCAGUCCCACGGAGCUGCAGUACCGCAAGUGUAUCCAGGAGUUCAUCGGCCUCCACCUGGAGGACAGCUAGGGCCGGGCAGGCUGGGCGGCCACAGGACCCUGCCCUGGCCCACUGCCUGCCCGGCCCAGACCCCCUGCAUGCCCCUGAAGACCCCAGCCCUGCCCUGUCACAGCCCUUCCUGUGACAGUGGUGGGCCUCUCCCGACAACCCCAGUGCCCGGGUGCUCCUGGAGCCCUCACUUGCCUGCUCUCCCGUUCCUCUGGCUGCUGGGCCCCUGGGCUGGGAGAGGGACCCCAGCACUGUCUUUUGAUUCCAUGUUUUUGGGGUGCUGCGUCAUCCGGUGCGCCUCGCCUCCUCCGGGGGCCUCUGUCUUCAGACGCCCCUUCUGCAGGGGCCUGGCUCUCUCAGUCAGACCACUCCAGGCCCGGCAUCACCUCGUGCCCCUCUGCGCUCAGGGCCUCUGCCACCUCGUGACCUGCUCGCUGGUCCCUCCUCUAAUCUGGGGCUGCUGGCCGGCUACCAGCCCCUCCCCAGCAGGAGUGGCAGACACCCAGGGAACCAACCCGAGUACCUCGCUGAGUGACCCCCAGAUUCCAAGCUGUGCUUGGAGGGUGCUGGGGGGUGGGCUCCGGCCGGGGCCCUCCACCUGCCUGGACGCGGGCGUCCCAAGGCCGUGCAGCUGGCCACGCAGGUCCCUGUGCCUGACACUUCCAGUCACCCAGAGGUGGCUCUGAAACGGCCCAGAGCCUGUGUGGAAAGCAAUGGCCCUUCCACCUUCCACCGACGACCUUCGUCACCGGCUAAGUGGACCUUCUGCAGCCUUGCUCUGCCUGUGGCGGAGGAAGGCCCCGCCUCUGCUCUGCCCUCUCUCUGGUCUCGCCCUUGGGGCGAGCCUCCCCUUGGGUCUCGGGGGUUUCUCACUCCUUUGGGGGAGCCCACCAAUGCCUUCAAUUCCCCUUCUCUGAAGGAGGGGGGGCAGAGGCCCCUCUGCAAUCCUGCAACCACGGGCCCUUGGUCAGGCCGAGGCCAGUUAGUUGAUCACUAUGCAAACACUGCCCUAGUUCCACGGGCAGCAAAGGGGGCACUGGACCAGGGUCCCUGACUUCCUUGCCUGCUGGCUAUAGCCCUAAAGAGCAGAACUAGCUCCGUCCUUCCUGCUUGAGCCUGUCCGCUGACCACCCUGCCCUCCUUAGCAGGGUCCCGCCCCCUCCUGCUCUGCUCACUCAUGGGUAAAUAAACCUCUGGCACUAGAGCUCA